AAACGUAUCGUUGCUUCUUCAAUCUCAUUUCGUCUGCGUCUUCCUCAAGGUAGAAACUGUCGCAUCGCCGAUCAAUCUUGUCGCCGUUACUGAUGAACACGAUUCUUCUUCGCGAGAACGAAGAGGAGAAUAUCGACGUCGCCGACCGGAUCACUUACGUGUCCGGUAUAUCAAUCGGGACAUCCUGUUUGUGCUGAGAAUCAUACGCUUCGCGAUCGUAUAAGCGCGUAGUGCGCUUGCUGCUUUCGCUAUUACUGUUCGAUCGCUCGAUAACCAAGAGUGUGAAUUCUGUGGCACUUUUUUUUUUUUGGUGCGACUUUGUUCUUUCAAGAAUCGCAGCAGCUUUGCUGGCAAAAAGACUGAGUUUAUCUUUCUUCCUGUGGCCGGUUAGUGUACCAAAAAAGACUCAAAGAUGAGGGCGAGGGAAGAAGCGGGUCCUUCAAAGCCAUCAGGAUCUGCCGAAGAAAAAGAGAAAGAAAAGGAUGACAGGAUGUUUGAGUGUAACAUCUGUCUGGACACAGCCAAAGAUGCGGUGGUCAGUAUGUGCGGCCACCUGUUUUGUUGGCCGUGUUUGCAUCAAUGGUUAGAGACCAGACCUACCAGACAGGUCUGUCCAGUCUGCAAAGCUGCUAUAAGCAAGGAUAAAGUCAUUCCAUUGUAUGGUCGUGGUGCCACGAAACACGAAGAUCCCAGGAAUAACGUACCACCACGUCCGGCCGGUCAGAGGUCAGAGCCUGAAACCAAUGUCGGCUUCUCUGGCUUUGGUUUCGGCGAUGGUUCCUAUAUGUCGUUCGGCAUUGGUACUUUUCCUUUUGCUUUUUUCACUUCAACUUUCAACUUUGGAGAAACACGGCCAAGCCCAGCUCCCAGAGGCACACCCCAAUAUGAGGAGGAGCAAUUCUUGUCCAAGAUAUUUCUGUGGCUAGCGCUGAUAUUUAUUUGCUGGCUGCUGAUGGCAUAAUUUCUACUAAAUCACAUCAGUCUGCCUCGUGCAAUUUGUACGAUUUUUACCUAAUUAUAUAUCAUUUGAUUCGUGAUAUUUAAUCAUCGCUACGUCUCUUGGUCUCUGAUUUUGAAAUCAAAUUCUUCGGAAAAAAAAAAAGGAAAAGAAGUAUAUAUAUAUAUAUUUAUGCAUGUUUCAGAACUGAUUAAGAAAUUGCAAUUUAUUAUUUGCUCUUUCCUAUUUUCAUGUUGGAGUGAAGAAGUUAAGUUAACGGGAAAACAUUCUCCGCAUAACUAUUUAAUAUUUCGUCGGUACUUCUGCGUACUUCGAGUGGGACAAUUACUCCGAUUUUGGACAACUUUGAUAUUUCAAUGUGUCUUUUAUGUAAUAUAUAUAUAUAAAUAUAAUAUCCGUAGAGAAAAGUGUAUAAGAGCUGCCAUCCAACAUAUUUAAAGCAUAUAUAUCGUAAAGCUUAAGAGUGCGGAUGCAGAGAAAAAGAAUAUUAUUAAAAAGUAUAUCUUUAAAUAGAGACGUACUUUUUGCGAGGAACUGUAAGCAGAUAUUUGAACAAUGUGUAUAUAUAUAUUCUAGAGAAUUUAAGUUAAGGUAUAUUGUAAUAUAUAACGCAAUGUGAAACGCGGAUUCUGCUAAUAUCACUGGGGAUAAUGUCGUUAUUCAAUUUUUUGUUCCUCGAAUUUAUUUCGCCCACUGUAAAAAUUCCGCAGAACAUGUUUUUCAUGAAUUGUGAUAUAAAUUAUGAGUUGUUUAAACUACUUUAUAUAUUUUAUGGCAAAGAUUUCUCAAGUGACAAAAAUGUGUCACAUAUACUUUUAAUUCGAUAAAUCGAAAAAUAAAACGGGAAUAA